AUGACGUGCAAAUCCAGUGAAGCCUCCGUUAUGCCACCCAAGAAGAAGCUCUCGAAGAAGGAGAAGGCGCGCCUCGAGGCCGAACAGGCCGAGCUGCUGCGCAUUGAGAUGGAGAAGGAAAAACUUAAAAAGUUGGAGGAGGCGCGUCAGCGCAAGAAGCUAGAAAUGGAGCAGGCUAAGCAUCGGCAGCAGCAGGAGGUCGCCGAGAAUCGUCUGCGCCGGGGCCAGCUAAAGGAUAGCAUGAGAUUCUUUGAUGCCGUGCACACCACCAUCGAGGCCAUCAAGGCGGGCGAGCGGCAACAGUGCGAGUGGGAGAAGUUCAUGCGCUGCAACGGGCUGCCCAAUGCGGCCAGUCCGAGUGAUUUGCGCAAGUACAUCCAUCAAUGGCAUGCGGAUAUUGCGCAACGCCAGCUGGAGGCACGCAAUUGGCUGCUGCGCACCGAUGAGCGCACCCUUCUCACCCAGGACGCCCAUGUGCCGGAUCUGACGCGCGUCUCGCUGCGGCAGCAACAGGGCAAUCUCGGCGAUGUCUAUGCACAGCGCCUCAAGGAGGUGCUGGGGAUUCUCAACGAAUUGGACGAGUCGCUGGGAUACACCAAGUCCCGGUCGGCUCAUGUUGCCGCCGAUCUGGUGAAGCUGAAGACGGAGAUGCGUGUGUUCCUCAAACAGCAUCUGGACGAGUUCACCUACAAGACAAUGUCGCAUAUUGAGCGCGACAUGGAAAUCGAUCGACCCGGCGUCUCGAAGCACAUCUACAAUUCCGAUGUCUUCCAGAGCUUCGUUUGGACUUUCUCCAAGGAUGCCCAGAUCGCUGUCAAUCCCAAGGCUCGCAUUGGUGAACAAUCGGCCCACAACGAGAUCGACUUCCCCACCAUCGAGAUGAACAUCUCACUGCCGCCCACCGUGCGCCUCCAGAGCUCGGCGCUGCGCGGUCUUUGGCUUAACUACGAUCACUUCAGCGACUACUGCAGCAGCUUCCAGCUGAGGCAUGCACGCUCCCAAAAUGCCACUAUUUUACGGCAAACAAAACGCGAAUGGCGCAAACGCAAAGAGAUUCUGCAGUCGAUGCUGGACGAGUGCGCCCGUGAGAUUCCACUGUCCGAGCUGGAGCAGCUGACACAGGAACAGCACUCGGCCAGCUCGCAGCCGCCGCGUGAGCGCAGCUACGAUGUGGACAAGCUCUAUGCCCAGUACGAGGAUGAGCUGAAUAAGGCGCGUCGUCGUGCCAUCGGACCGGAGGCAUACGGCAUGCUCGAGACAGAUGUCAACCUGCGCAAGUAUCGCAUUAUUGGCGGCGUCUAUUGCAUCGAUUUCCUGGAGACGCCGCAGCAGGACAAACAGCUCAAUGCGCGCUCCUUCAUACGCACCAUCACAGUUGCCAACAGUCUGGUGCACAAGGAUUACUAUCAGACCUAUAAGCCGCCGCCGCCGGUGCUGCCCGGCGUGCGUCGCCUGCCCGAGGAGAUUGAGGCUGAGAUGCGCAUGAUCGAGGCGGCGCUGGACAAGCUCGCGCUAGUCACACUACAGUUGCCUGAUUCGGUCAUAUGGUUCGAGCCCCCGAUCGCUUGUCGCUGGGAGACAGACAUCGAAACGCUCGAAUCGCAGCUGACCGAUGGCGUUAAGCCGGAUCCAGCUGCAUCGGCGACAGCGGCGGCCACCACAGCCACGCCCACAGAGGCAACACCGCUCUCGACAAACGCACAGCCCAGUCCGCUAAAGAGUUCGCCACGCGGUCCGGCCAAGAUGCGCUCCCAGAAAUCCGACCUGGCCGCACUGCAAACGCAGACGCUGCGCGAGAUUGGCGACUUUGACCUGCGCGCAAUACCCAGCAAUGUGGACUUAUAUGGACUGGUUAAGGAUUUCGUGGUGCCGCGCCUGCCGCAAGGCUUUUGCGUGCGGCUCGAGCAGCAGACACCGCCAUCGAGCAGCGGCCAGCCGCAGCGGCAGGUCAUGUUCCUGGCGCGCCAGACGCACGUGCGACUGGGUCAAGUGGCAGGUCAGGCAACGCCAGCUGAGGCGAACGGCGCACGACCAGCGGCCAGCUUGGGCAUUGGCGCUGAGUUCUUGGAUGCCGGGGAGCCGGCGGAGCUCUUUCCGCCGCUCUGCUUUGACAAGCUGCUCAAAUUCCGCAGCCAAGCACGACCGCCUCCGGUGAUGCCCAGCAGCUGCUAUCUCUUCUCGCAGCUGAUCGAGGAUAUGGAUCGGCUGUGGCGCAUGCAGCUGCCGCGCGAGCAGCAGGAGGAGAUGCUGCAGCAAAUCUCCGAGCAGCUAACGCCCAACGGCUCAGAGCAGGAUGUCAACCAGCAGUUGUCCGAUGAGCUGCGUCCACUUAGCCAGGAGCUGGUCGAGGUGCUGCAGCCAGCCGCAGCGGCUGCUGCCUUUGCCUACUACACGGGCAUCUCAUUCAUUCGCGACAACCAGCUGCCCGCCCAGCCAGAGCCGGCGACGACACCCAAAUCAGCGGGCAGCCAGGAGAGCAGCGACGAUGACGACGACGACGAUGAUAGCCUCCUGGAGCUGCUCGAGGGCGGCAUCGGCGGCGACGUCGGCGAAUCCUCAGCGGGCGGCACCCUGCCCCAAUUGCUGAGCAGAAACAGCAACAGCGACAACUGCGAUAGCGAAGCUCGCAGACAAAAGCUCAGCAGCACGGCAGCCAUUACUCAGGGCAAGUGGAGCACACGCGACGUCCACGACACCAAGUUCAACGAGGACAAGUUAUCCAUACAGUUUCGGACGGGCCGACUUGGUAUCUUUGGCUUCGCCCUGAACAAGUACAGCAAUAUGCCCUAUCAAACCUGGGAUCUGCGGCCAGAUAUGAAAAAUCCGGGAACCAUACUCUUCAGCUUCACCGCCUCGCUGAUCAGCCUGGAGAUGACCAUCACCGAGGCGGGCUACACUGUGCACAAUUUUCAGGGCGGUAGCACGCAGGGCAUUACGGAAAUGCUUGGCAAGACACUGUCCCUGGCCGAGCUAAAGGCGACGCUUAUUCUCUCAGCCGUGGACAUAUUUCCAGAUGAGGAUGCCUUCUGCUACACGGAGGGCUCUUGCGAGAAGAACUACGUAAUGGAAAUGCACACAUAUGCCUGCAUUUCGACCCUGGCACUGUCCCACAACUUCAGCUGGUCCCGUUGGAAUUUGUUAGCGGGCUCUCGCACUGCUGUGCUGCUAAUCAGAGAGCUCCUCGAGGGCAAGAAGGUGCCCUACUACUCCACGCUGCUGGUCACACCCCUGAAGACCUCAAUUAUUGACUGCACCGAAGUGUCGGCCAGCUUCAAUGCAGUGGGCAUUGCUGGCAUGGAAUACUAUGCGGAUCUCUAUCAGCUCUCGCAGGCCCAUGCACAGCCGGUCAGCCUAGAGAAGCAGCGCACAAUGAGUCCAAUGCUUAGGGAUAAUGUGGCCAGCAUUUUGAUAGGCACAAGGCCACUCAGUUUUUGUUAA